AUGCCCUUCUUUUCCCGCCACAAAGCCUUCUCCAUCUUCUACAUGGACGAAGGCCCAUCCGACGCGCCAGCAACAGUCCUCCUCAUCCCGGGUUUCUCCUGUGAUAUGCACGACUGGAGCUGGCAGGUACCCUUCCUCCUCUCCCUCAACCUACGCGUAAUAUCCAUCGAUCCCCGUGGCCAGGGCAGGUCUUCCGGCCCCGAAGGCUCCGCCGACCCCGACGUGAUCGACUACUACCCUCAGUCCACGGCCCUCGACUUGAUCGCACUCUUAGACCACCUCGGCAUUUCGAAAAACCUCGUAGUCAUGGCACACUCGCUAGGCACCGCCGCAGCUUAUUUCAUCGCGGCGGAACGCCCGGGUCUGGCCGUCGCCUUGGCCUGGCAAAAGACCUGGCAUAUCCGCCGCAUGCGGCAGCUUGACGACAACGUCGCGUUCGCGAUUCUCUGGGGCGGAACGGGCGACCCGAAAGACCGCAUCGGAAGCAGGGAGAAUGCCGUUGCGUUGUUUGGCGGAAGGAUCAAGUGUCCGCGUCUGACGUUCGGAUCGACGGAUUGGUAUAUCGAGACGGACCUCAAGUACAUGCCCAAGGCGGACGAAAAGUUGGACGAGAUUGUGAUGAUCGGGGGCAAGGGGCACUGGUUUCAUCAGCUCGAGAGCGAGGAGUUCAACGCGCACCUGGAGAGGUGGUUGAGCAAGGUCGGCGUGCUGCCGGUGAAGACUGCCGAAUGA